AUGUCUACCCAACAGCAGCCUCGGCCAUGGUUCCGUUUGGCUAACAUAAUGCGCCCAGCACCUCCACCUGCACCUGCACCUGCACCACCACCGCCUCUUGCACGUCCCCCUGCUCCAACACCUUCACUGCAAGCCCCACCUCCUAUUGCACCCUUCAGGCCCCCUGUAGCUCUGCCUCGGCCUCUGCCACCUGCUCCACCGAAUUUGCCUGUUGCUUCACCCCCUUCUGUAACCCCUACAACCCCAAGCUCCCCUCAGAUCUCCACUACUAGAGCACCUCCACCAUCGCCACGACCACCGCCAACACCUCCGGCUCCAAGCCCCUCCCCCACGCCUCCAAAAUCCCCUACCCCCUCCAUAACUAGGUCGCCUGUUGCACCCCCUCCUAAACCUGGGUCUUCGUCGCCACCAGCAUCUCCAAUAAUCAAAACUGCAUCAGCGGAAACGUCUUCGGCUGCACGUCCAGUUGUAUCCUCUCCAUCUUUAUCAGCAUCCCCAAAAACUAAACCCCCAUCACCGCCCUCUUCAACAAUAGCAUUGCCAGCCUCUCCUGCUCCAAAAACAUUGCUCUAUUCAGGCCCUCCCACUGCAGCACCAGCACCAGCACCAGUCCCUCCACCACCUUCUCCAGUUGCAGCCACCGCCGCAAGACCUCGUGCUGCACCCAGCCCGAGGGUGAAAAGCAGUACACCUCCUCCUAAUCACGCUCAAUCCACCAUUGUGAAACCUUCAGCUCAUCCUCCAUCUCCAUUAACACUGCCUCCGCCGCAACUCAGGGCUGACGCAACCAGUCAUGAUUAUGAUCUGGAACCAAUACCCCCAGAAGCUGUGCAGAAAACAGUGCUAACGCAAGAUGAUACCAGUCAUGAAAAGGCGCCAAAGAUCGAUCCCACGAAGUCGUCGUCCUCCCCCUCCUCCGGGGGGAAAGAGAGACAAGUUAAGAAAGACAAAGGAGCAAUGACGACUUACAAGGACAAAAAGAAUCAUAAUAAUAAAUCAGCUGUUUCUUCACCAGAGCUUGGUAUGAGAGUCGUAACACUUGCAGGUGACAACAAAGGAGCUGUUAUGGAAUUGAGCCCAGGAGCUUCCCGCAAGAAGUACGAUUCUGGGCAACAUUUCUGGGGUAAAAAUGGCCAGAAAUUGGGAAGCCAUGAGAAGGAGGAGGAGGACGGCAGGCAUUCUGAUGACGGUGGGAUAAAGAAUGGAAGAGGCGAAAUGGGAAGGAGCAAAUUAGUGGCAGCUCCACAGCCCCCAGUGGACGCCUUUGUGAACAGUAACGUCCAGGGAGUCAACAAUUCCAUUGUCUACAACUGCACCUACGGCAACCGUGAUCCUGGAGUCCAUCUCUCGGUAUCUAGGAAGGGCAAUGGCCACCACCACCAGCAGGACGCCGGCCAUUAUAAUGUUCAUCGUGACUAG